UAUUUUACUAGCAAGAAUGUGUGUUUUCCUUUUGUAGUUCACAUCGAGAAAAUGAAAAAUUAGAAGAAAAAACUAGAAGACGUCUUAAUCAGAAAGUGUUGCCACUCAAAAUGAGUGUUACUAAAAACGUUUAUGAUGAAAAUAUGAGCUGUGAAAAUAUUGGGAAGUUACACACAGAUAAAAAUGUAUCAACCUCCAAAGAUUUAAUGCAUGUACAACCAAAUAAACUUAAUAAAGAUUUACUUGUGUGCAGGAAUAAAAACGUUCAACCAGUUAUUUCGAAACAGACAUAUCGAUUACCUCAUUGCAGUGUGCUAGACAGGGUAAAACAAUUUUUACCACAAAUUGCAUCAGCUAAUGACAGUCUUGUUGGAAUUGUUGCAGAGGAGAAGGACAAGCUGGACAUUGAAAAUUUAAAUGAUGAAGAAGCUUUUAUAGAAAUGGAUGUAGCGUUGGUUGAUAACGAACUAUUAUUGUCUGAUGAUGAUAACAAUGACGACACUGAUGACGAUAAUGAUAACGAGGAGGAAGUAUCAGAUUCUAAUUGUAAACCUCAAUGCUUUAUUAAUUUAAAGAAAAGUCUAUUAAUUGAAGAAGUGAAAAAAGUUGAAUCACAAGAAGGCGAACUAGCAAGUAUUUAAGUGAUAUUUUUUACUGUACAUAAUGUGUAAAAGUUUGUUUUUGAAAUGGAAAAUAUUUUCAUACAUGUUUACAGCA